CUUAAUCGCGAACCUCAUCUCUAUUAUCUCUCUCGCCUUGGCCGACCAUUUGGAAAAAGGGCCUCUCUGCCUCUCCCUUUUCUCUUUGCCCAAACGGAAACACGCCUUUUAGGGUAGUGGGUCGGCAUCAUGGCUAGGCUUUUGCUUCAAUCAACAUCUACUCAUACUAGCAUUCCUCCUUUAAGGGCUAGCCAGAGGUCUAGCCUAUCUAAAGGAUCUGAAAAAGAAAAGAGAUCUGUCAGAAUGAUGUCUAGUUUACAAGCACCAGGAUUGAAAAUGAGGGGCUUCUCAGGAUUGCGAAGUCUUAAUGCUGUAGAUACUAUGAUGAGACCUGAGCUAGAUUUUCUUUCUAAGGUGUCAAUUUCAGUCAAUUCUCUGCGAGGAAGGGGUAGCAGAUGUGUAGCAAGAGCAAUGUUUGAGCGCUUCACAGAAAAGGCAAUUAAAGUAAUUAUGCUUGCGCAAGAGGAAGCUAGGCGGCUUGGUCAUAAUUUUGUUGGCACGGAGCAGAUCUUGUUGGGUCUGAUUGGUGAAGGCACUGGCAUUGCUGCUAAGGUUCUUAAAUCUAUGGGAAUCAAUCUUAAAGAUGCACGUGUAGAGGUGGAAAAGAUAAUUGGAAGGGGUAGUGGAUUUGUUGCUGUGGAAAUUCCAUUCACUCCCCGUGCAAAGCGUGUUUUGGAACUCUCGCUGGAGGAGGCCCGCCAACUUGGCCAUAACUAUAUUGGAUCAGAGCACUUGCUUCUGGGACUGCUUCGUGAGGGUGAGGGUGUAGCGGCUCGUGUUCUUGAAAAUUUAGGUGCUGACCCAAGUAACAUUCGCACCCAGGUUAUUCGUAUGGUUGGUGAGAGCACAGAAGCUGUUGGUGCUGGUGUUGGAGGAGGCAGCAGUGGCAAUAAGAUGCCAACGCUGGAGGAAUAUGGGACCAAUCUGACUAAGUUAGCAGAGGAGGGUAAAUUGGAUCCUGUUGUUGGAAGGCAACAGCAAAUAGAACGUGUCACCCAAAUUUUGGGCCGGCGGACCAAAAACAAUCCGUGUCUUAUUGGAGAACCUGGUGUUGGGAAAACAGCAAUUGCAGAAGGGCUUGCUCAAAGAAUUGCAACUGGUGAUGUUCCUGAAACAAUAGAGGGGAAGAAGGUUAUUACCUUGGAUAUGGGUCUUCUUGUUGCUGGCACAAAAUAUCGUGGAGAGUUUGAGGAGAGAUUAAAGAAGCUAAUGGAGGAAAUCAAACAAAGUGAUGAGAUAAUACUCUUUAUUGACGAGGUGCACACUUUAAUUGGAGCAGGAGCAGCAGAAGGAGCAAUUGAUGCUGCAAACAUAUUGAAACCGGCUCUUGCAAGAGGUGAACUGCAGUGCAUUGGAGCCACUACACUAGACGAAUACAGAAAGCAUAUUGAGAAGGACCCAGCGUUGGAAAGACGGUUCCAGCCAGUCAAAGUGCCGGAACCAACUGUUGAUGAAACCAUACAAAUUUUGAAGGGGCUUCGGGAGCGCUAUGAAAUUCAUCACAAGCUCCGAUACACUGAUGAAGCGUUGGUGGCUGCUGCACAGCUUUCCUACCAGUACAUCAGUGACCGUUUUCUGCCUGAUAAAGCGAUUGAUUUGGUUGAUGAAGCUGGUUCUCGGGUUCGUCUCCGUCAUGCACAGCUACCAGAAGAAGCUAGAGAACUUGAGAAAGAGCUCAGGCAGAUUACAAAGGAGAAGAAUGAAGCUGUUCGCAGCCAAGACUUCGAGAAGGCUGGAGAGUUACGUGAUAGAGAAAUGGACCUUAAGGCACAGAUAUCAACUGUUGUGGACAAGGGCAAGGAAAUGACUAAGGCAGAGACUGAGGCUGGAGAUGUAGGUCCUUUGGUGACUGAGGUGGAUAUUCAACAUAUUGUCUCCUCUUGGACUGGCAUUCCUGUUGAGAAAGUGUCAACAGAUGAAUCUGACCGCCUCCUCAAGAUGGAAGAGACCCUCCACAAGCGUGUCAUUGGUCAAGAUGAAGCAGUCAAAGCCAUUAGUCGUGCUAUUCGACGAGCCCGUGUUGGACUCAAGAAUCCCAACCGUCCAAUUGCCAGCUUCAUCUUUUCAGGUCCAACUGGUGUAGGGAAGUCGGAACUUGCAAAAGCAUUGGCUGCAUACUACUUUGGCUCUGAAGAAGCCAUGAUUAGGCUGGAUAUGAGUGAAUUUAUGGAAAGGCACACAGUUUCCAAACUCAUUGGCUCACCCCCUGGUUAUGUUGGUUACACAGAGGGAGGUCAGCUGACUGAGGCUGUUAGGCGCCGUCCUUAUACAGUGGUGCUCUUUGAUGAGAUCGAGAAGGCCCAUCCUGAUGUGUUUAACAUGAUGCUUCAAAUUCUUGAGGAUGGAAGGUUGACAGAUAGCAAGGGCAGAACUGUGGACUUCAAGAAUACUCUUUUGAUAAUGACAUCAAAUGUGGGAAGUAGUGUAAUUGAGAAAGGAGGCCGCCGGAUAGGAUUUGAUCUUGAUUAUGACGAGAAGGACAGCAGUUAUAAUCGUAUUAAGAGCUUGGUCACUGAGGAAUUGAAACAAUACUUCAGGCCAGAGUUUCUAAACAGAUUGGAUGAGAUGAUUGUCUUUAGGCAGCUGACAAAGCUGGAGGUAAAGGAGAUAGCCGAUAUUAUGCUGAAAGAGGUGUUUGAUAGGCUGAAGACCAAAGAAAUAGAACUUCAAGUGACAGAGAGGUUCAGAGAUAGAGUGGUGGACGAAGGGUAUAAUCCGAGCUAUGGGGCAAGGCCUCUGAGAAGAGCCAUAAUGAGACUUCUGGAGGACAGCAUGGCAGAGAAGAUGCUUGCAAGAGAGAUCAAAGAGGGUGAUUCAGUUAUUGUGGACGUUGAUUCAGAUGGCAAUGUGACAGUGCUCAAUGGUAGCACUGGUGCUCCUGAGCAGUUAGCACUGAAUUAGGCCUCUUUAUUCACCAACUUAUGCCGAUAUAUUGUUUGUACUUGUUUUCAUUUGAAUCAUAGUUGUAGUCUAUUUUCUUGAAAAGACUACUUGAAAGUGGAAGUGGAAGCUGUUGAUUAAUUGCUGGCUCUAGUUCUUAGUUUCAAAAGGCAUUCAAAGGAAAUUCUCAGGGGAGAAAGAUGUUGGUAGAAUUGUGAUUGGCGUAAUGAAGAAGGAUCUAGAUUUUUUAUUAAAUGAUAUCUGCUAUUACCUAGACUGGAUUAGUCUCCACUAAUUUGUUCAUUUGAGGAUGUCUCUUUCCAAAUGAAUAAUGAUUCAGGAUUUGUAUUCCA